AUGCAACAUCGUACAAUACGGCUGGCGAUAAUUGCGGCAACUGCAGCCGCAGCCGCCGCAACGACCGCAGUGGCGGCAACUCACGCCGAGAUCGAUGCUAGAGACAUGGAUAUGGAUAUGGAUAUGGAUAUGGAUAUGGAUACGAAUACGGAUACGGGUAGUAAUAAUAUGAUGUACACAAACGGAACGCCAGUGACCUGGACCAAGCCAACACCCACACCCCACGAGCCAAAACACGUACAUGGACUACCCAUAUUACAAACGCAAUUAACACCCAAUGAAAGAGCUUAUUGGGAAGCAUAUUCUACAACAACCUUUUUCAAUUUGCCAGAAACCUCAUCAAACGCUCAAAAAAGAAUCGCUGCUAUCCACAUUUGGCUCAUGGCGCUGGUCACGUGCUUAGGGUAUCCAGCGGCUCUGGUAUUGGGUCACGUGGCGUGGAAGGAGCAACAUGUAUCAUCGUCGACGACAGACUCUACCACCAACACCCAACCACCACAGCGUCAUUGGCUCAAAUUCUGUCACACUGUGGUCACAACCAUAAACGUAUCUGCGCUUCUGUUAGCCAUGACGGUAUUGUCUGGAUUUUCCGACCCGGCCGUGCAAUACCCAAAAAAUGCAUAUCGCAGAACCUCCGUCAUCGUAGCCGUUGUGUCUGUAGUGCAUCUCCUGGCAACGCUAGUGCGAUACUUGGGAUUUGUGAAAAAUGCCAAAACUAAAUCCUACACGCCCUUGUCGUCGCACUACCAUAAUUCUUUGGAAAAUUACGAAAUGGUUCCAGCUGCAACCAACGACCGUCAUCAAUCGCAGUCGUCACAUGACUCGGAUCUCACCGCUGCAACGUCCAGUACCUCUCACGUCGAUGGCCAUGGCAAGCCAACCACUCGUCCUGGGUCUCCUUUGGGCUCUCCACCGCCUGCGUCGUUCGAUCUCGACUCCCAACUCGACCAGCAAGACUUGGAAGCUCAUCGUAGGUCUUUGGCCGCAUUAUCAGUGCCGCAGUUACCUUUUGCCUCCCGUAUUGCAGCAUUCGCGCUCGAUUUCACGUCGUGGCCUCUGUUCAUUUUAUUAGCCAUUGACUGCGUAAUCGGAAUCGCUGUGGGAAAUUUGUUCGGCACCGGACUACGUGUAUUCAACCUUUUGGCGCAUUGGAUCAAGGGCGGAGUUUUCGUUACACUUGGAAUUUCGUCUCUCGCCCGUUACUGCGGUGUUGGUGCCAACAAAGGAUGGGCCUGGAACAAAACCACUACUAAGAUGCAUCCCACCAGCGCGCUCCGGAAUUGGGGACGUAUGGUUCUGCCCAAUGGUUCCAUGAUCACCAUGGAAUUUAUUGAAUCGUUUCUCAUCUUCUUUUAUGGAUCCACCAACGUGUUUUUAGAGCAUCUGUCCAACGUCGACGGCCAAUGGCACGCAAAAGAUCUUCAGCAUGUGUCGAUUGCGUUUAUGUUUAUCGGCUGCGGUCUAUGUGGGCUGAUUGUUGAAUACAAAUUAUCAGACUGGCGCAGAAAGCAGUCUGUAGAGCAAGACGCAGACGUUCUUACCACCGGAACUCCUGGCUACACCCCAAACCCAUUCCCUGCCUUCACAAUCUUUUGGACCGGAAUUUUAAUGUCUCAACACGAACAGGCAUCUGUUACUUCCACCAAUAUCCAUGUUCAAUGGGGGUCUUUGUUGUCUUAUGGCUCCUUUUUCAGACUCCUCACGUUCCUACUUUUGAUCUGGAAACCCAACAAGGACAACAAACCCCCCAGGCCCUUCACAGAGCUCAUUGCCUCAUUUUGCCUGUUGUGUGGUGGUCUUAUCUUUAUGGAAUCCACAGAUCAGGUUGUCGAGGCUUUGGAGUACCGUGGACUAACGAGCAUGUUCACCUUUAACCUCAGUGUAGGUGUUGUGACCCUAUUCAUGGCCUGGGAAAUGCUCCUAUUGCUGUGGAAGGACUGGCUAGAAACGAAAUGA